ACAAGAAAGAUUGUGUCAACGUUUCUUUGGAUGAGCUUCGUUCAAUCACAUUGCAACUGAAGGUUGUGCGGCCUGUUUUGAAUCUAUAGGGUACACCAAGUGUACUCGACAAGAUGUCAAAUGAUAAACAAGACGCUGGCGAAAAUGGUCAUUCAGAAACAACUGGGAUAGUCUAUCGAUGGCAAGGCUACAAAGGUGAUAUCAAACCAGAGACAUUCAAGGGCUUCAAAGACAAAGAUAUAUUAACGGCUGAUGUGGGGAGCGAUCAUUAUUUAUUCCUCACAAGGGAGAAGCAAGUGUUUGCUUGUGGCAGCAACAAGCGAGGUCAGCUUGGUAUAGGCAGUCAUGAAGAAAACUUCCCAGACCCUGUACUUGUGGAAUCUCUCUCCGAUAAACAUGUUGUGGACGUUGUGUGCGGGUACACUCACUCCGCAGCCGUUUGUGAGAAUGGGGAUGUCUACUGCUGGGGAGAGACAUCUGGUGGUGAGUGCGGGACAGGAAAAGAUGACACGAUUAUCUCCCCUGAAAAGGUGGACUUUCCCAAUCCAGAAGCUGAUCAACCUGGUGUUAGGAUUAAACAGGUGGCGUGCGGGCAAAACCACACGUUGGCUUUGUCAUACGAUGGUGAAAUUUGGGCAUGGGGAAGCGGAAUUCAGCUAGGGGUCAAGGACGUCACCAUAGCAACCAAUCCAAUUCUUGUAGAUAGGCUUGUUGGCCGGACUGUGUUGGCAGUAUGCUGCGGAAAGAAACAUAGCAUGGCUCUGGUCGAAAGAGUAACUGCAGCAUCUCCGGAAACACCUCGUUCUUCUCAUGGAAGUAAGCCAAAUUUGACAUCAAACGAUGAUGAUGUGUCGACCUGUGCAGCCUGCAAUGAAGAGAUCAGUUUCACAGAAACUAUUGACACAUGUAUUAUAAGUGAUAAGCACAAGUGUCUCAUAGAGUCUGAAAUGUCACCGACAGAGUUUUCGGCCACAGCUUUGCCACAUUCCUGCAGUCGAGGGAAGAAAGCAUCUUCUCAAUUUCCUGCAAAAGAAAAACGAGCUACUGCUCCUGCUGCCAAUGCUAAUGCAAAAGAUCCCAGACUUACCCCAACCAAAUCAACGUCAAGUGACCCCAUGACAGAGGAAGUGCAAGAAAAGGCGCCACCUAGUGUGACUGAGAAGCCAAGGGAGUCAACUCAGAUAAGGGAAGAGGCUGCUGAAGAAAAAGUUGGUGGUGCAGCUUCAGACUGCGUGGACAGCACUCAGCAAAAAGAUGUGGGGCACUCACAGAACGAGGACAAGUCCUUGAAGCCGGAAAGAAGUGCCGAGAAAAUUCAGUUGGCUGGUGACGCAAAAAGUGUGUCAGCAGACAUACACGAUGCUCAAAAAUCCAGCUCAACUAACACCUCAGAUGAAGAUGCAGCCAUUUGGAAACUCCGGCCAGAAUUCAAAGCAAAAUGUCAAAUAACGCCACCAAACACAUCCCCUCAUACAGCUCCGAGUAAAUCUGAAGGAUCCAUAAAAGUCGAUAGCAGUGAAUCGGCCGCCAGUGGCAGCAAAAUCUCGAGGUCAGGGAGCACCUUAAUAGACAAGUCUAAGGCGCGCAAAUACUUGGCAAAGCAAUUGGAAGAAGGCGACACAAUGGACGAAAAGCAGAACACAGCAAAAAACGCACAGCCUGCGCCACCUGAUUCCCCUUCGCUUUCAGCAUUUGAGAGCAUGUUUUCGUCCACCAUGGUUUCAAGUAUGCAACAGGUCACGAGCAUCACCAGCAAGGCCUUCAGCAACUUUCGAUCUUUUGUAUCGGGAACCCCUACAGACAUUGACAACGUUGAUAAAGCGAUCGGCGAAGACUUAAGCCAUGUGUCCAAUGAGAAGGAUACAGCCAGUGCGUCAUCUUCUGGUUCCGUGGCAGAGUCCUCUUUUAUGAGCAGCCCUGAUGAUACCUCAGCUGUCAUGUCCAAGUCAACCAAUUCGCUGAAUCUUAGCCCGGAAACUCCUCGACGCAACUUUUCACAGUCGUCAGAACGAGAUAGCACCAGCCAAUCAGACGCAAAAAGACAUUCGGCUGUUUUACAGGGCCAACAUUUAAUGGCACAAAAGAAUACUUCCACUCAGAAAGAUCAAAAUCAUGUUACCAGGGAGUCACUCGGUACUAUGGAAACAGAGAUAUGGACCUGGGGUAGAAACAACAAGGGGCAGCUGGGACAUGGGGACAUGGAAGACAGGGCCUACCCUUGCUGCAUCAAAAUGCUUUCCAACAAGAAUAUUGUGAAAGUAGUAGCUGGAGCUUCACACGCUUUAGCUUUGACAGCCAGUUCACAGGUGUAUUCAUGGGGGAUAAACACGUCCGGUCAGCUGGGUCAUUCAGAAGAUGGACCCUCCCCCACCAAAGUAAAGUCGCUGAGCGCGUACCCUGUCUGGGACAUCGCUGGUGGUCAGAACCAUUCCCUGUUUCUGGUUGACUCCACGGGAUUCAUGCCGGACGUGUGCUACUGUGGAAAACAGCCAAGUGAAGGCGUGUAUGCUCCAGUCGUGAAAACUGCAAAACCCGUGGGUUUAACAUUUCUGAAAAAGGCUCAAACAGGCUGGAUAAGAAGAGUGAUCACCAAGGGAGACAACUGUCUGUGUCUGGUGGAUAAGAACAACCAAGGCGGCAGAGCCACACAGUUUGAGUUCGCAUCUACAGAGCGGACAUUUAACAUGCUCAUGUUGAAGAUUGCUACACAGUUGACUAGGCCUUUGCACAAGUCAGACUUUUUUUCCUCCUUGGAGCUACAGCCUUACAAACUGACAUUGCUCAGAAUGCUGGAGGCUUUCAUAUCUCUUACCAGGAAGAUUGGUAGGGGCAGUGUUGAAAUGACGAAGCUGAUACGAGACGGAAGCAGCAUCAUGGAUGCACAGAUCUUGAGCCACUUUCAGGAGUUUGUUGUUGAGUUCCACAAAUAUUCCAGAGCCUUUUGUGACUUCUUGGCUGUGGGAGGAUUUGAGUAUUGUGCCAAGCUGGGAGGUCAAUUUUUUGACAAAUCCUCACCCGUGUUUCAAGAGCUUUUGGAUUUUGUGUCCAAGAGCAACCAUGCCCAAAACUUCAGCCUUGUUAUGAAAAUACCAUUUGAUAGGCUGAAAGAAUACUGCCGGCUAACCAACAAGAUGACUCUAAAUUACCCAACAGAUUCUGCAGAAGGGAAGCACCUUGUCAAGUGUUGUUUGCACUGGGAGGGUUUGAGAAGCACCAUAACAACGGAGUACAACGUGGCAGAAACUACCCGAGCAUUCUGGGAUACGAUCAGCAGCAGACUCGCCGAAUCUUUGCGAGUACCAAAACGACGACUAAUUAAGUCCAAUAAGACUUGCCCUUUGACCUUGUAUACAGCUGGCCGCUUCUCCGCCCACCUGUUCAUCCUGUUUGACGACACAUUUGUUCAUGUACAGGGGAGCUCUUUUCAAAGUUUCUCAUUGUCACUUCUCUGGGUGGAAACACCCUCGGAAACAGAACAGUUGAGAAACGUGAUUGUGGUAACUGCUCCAGAAGAGACCUUGACCUUGUGUGCUCCAAAUCCUGAAAAUAAAGCUGAAUGGCUGAUGGCAUUAAAUCAGGCCAUCAACAAAGUCCUGGCUAAUCAGAAAACUGGCAAAAAGGUGACAAGUUCUGAUCGCUUGACUCCGCCACUAGUACGUCACGCCAACUACACCUUCACAAAACUGAGUUAUAAGGACACCGUGUACAAGGGUUACUGGAUGAAGGGGCUCGUUAAUGGACAGGGUGAAUUGACAUAUCCUGAUGGCAGGAGAUACUCUGGGAAAUUCAAGCUCGGUUAUCAACACGGUCAUGGAACACUGAUUCAUCCAAAGCCAGAGGGCGAGGAAUUAUAUGAAGGAAACUGGAAAGAUGGAAAAAUGCAUGGCCUGGGCCGAGUUAGGUAUGCAAAUGGUGAUACCUAUGAGGGCUACAUGAAGGAUGGGAUGAGGUUUGGGCAUGGCGUCUUCAAGCGGGGUCGCCAUACCUCUCAAGCGGCCAGUAUCUACAUCGGCGAGUGGUUCGCUGACCGUUGCCAGGGAUACGGGGUUAUGGAUGACGUGCUGAAAGGAGAGAAGUUCAUGGGUGUGUGGCAGGAAGAUUUUCGUCACGGACCCGGAGUUGUUGUUACGCUGGAUGGGAUGUACUUUGAGGGAAACUUCUUACAAAACAAAAUGGUGGGAUUUGGGAUAAUGCUAACAGAUGACAACAGUUGUUACGAGGGAGAAUUCUCCGGCAUAACUCAGCUGGCAGGAAAGGGUAUAUUAACUAUGCCCAAUGGGGACAGUAUCGAAGGCUACUUCAGUGGCUCAUGGAACGAAGGAUUGAAGGUGAACGGGACUUUCAAUAAGAACUCUCAGUCACCUCCAGAGAGGAAGAGUUAUCGCUAUGACUUGGGCAUCAAGUCCAGUCACUAUGGAAAGCUGUGUGUCCAGGCUCGGGAGAAAUGGGAAGACAUUUUUUCCCACUGUCGAUCGUUGCUAGGCUACAACGGGAUUGGCAAGCCAGACACAAACAAGGCAUGGGAGGUUGUCGCAGUGAUGGUCUCCUCAGGCAAAAGAGCUCUUAAAGAGGGAGUUAACCAACCCCGUUAUCGUUACAAACUGGGCAGCCUGGAAGAGUUGGAGAAGAUUCCCCCUCACAGCAUAGGGAAGCUUACCACAGAAUACUACCAGCAAAUCAGAGACUACCUUCAAAAGGCCUUUGACACCCCUUUCCACCCUCUGGGCAAGUUGAUUGAGGCUCUAGUGGAUGUAUUCCGCCUGGCAUACAUUGGCGUAGGAGCUCAUCCCAGACUGUUACACCAUGCUGUGGAUGAGAUUAGGUCCUAUGUCCACAGGAUUUAUGAUAUCUUGAGGAUAUUAUUCCCUGAUCUGCCAUCAAAUUAUGGUCCAAAACAGAUUUUCCCCGAAGAUCAUACCACCAAAGACAUCCCCAAAUCUACAGAGGAAGCUAAAGAGAGAUUGGAGCAAGAAGAAGAUACAGAAGAAGAGGCAGGGGAGGUGAUAACCCCUGGUGGUUUGUUACACCCGAUUCUACUGCCCAAGGUUUAUCCCCCUUUGUUCGACCUCUAUGCCUUGUUUAACGACAAGGAAGACGAGAAAUACUGGGAGCGGGUGCAGAGACUGAAUCGUCAAGGAGACAUGGCGCUCAUGGCCUACCUAGGAAUCGACCAAAAGUUUUGGUUGCUGGACGAGGUGAUAUUCGCUGAAAAAUGUCGGAGUCUGUCAGCCAUCAAGGACCAGUGCUAUGCAGAGGCUGUGGACACUCUUCAGCGUUUGAGCACUGCGUUUGGACCAGCGGAGAAACUUGCGGUUAUUGAACAGACCUUUGUGCAAAUUUCUCAGGCUGUUCAGGGCAAAGACCCUGCUGUUAAUGUCUGGUGCAUGGACGAUCUCUUCCCCAUUUUCCAAUUCGUUGUCGUGCGCUCAAAAAUCCGCCAUCUCGGAGCGGAGAUUCACAUGAUUGACGACCUGAUGGAGAGUCAUCUGGAGUAUGGGGAACUCGGGAUCAUGUUCACCACACUGAAGGCUUGUUACUUUCAGAUUCAGAAUGAAAAGUUGCCAAUCCAGUAACUUGUGAGAGAGGGGAAAAAGUGAUGAGGAAAACUUAUUUUGUGAAUGGACUGGAUAUUAUCAUUGGGAUGUGGAGAAAGACAGAUCUGUUGAGAUCUGCUACAACGGGUUCUUGAACUUCUUGUAUAGCUGUACAUUUGUAAACCUUAUAAAGGCUUUGCUGGAUGAUUUCUGAAAUAUAAAAUCUUGUAAAGAAAGCUAUAGAUAAAUACAAUUGACUGGAUUAUGUUUUAGGUUUUUCUAAGUAAUAUGUACAUGUAUGCAAAAUAGUAAAGACAUCAGUGUAUGUUUUCUUUUAGGCAGGAAUGAAAAUGAUAGAUAAUGCUCCAGCAGAAACCAUAACAGGAUAUUGUAUGUUAGAAUUUUUCAUCUCAGGGUCUAAAGGAAAUGUUUGGAAUUGAAUAUAAAGAAGAAAUUUAUCAAAAAUGUAAUCAUGAGCACAUACAGAAGAACAUGUGGAAAUGUGCUCUUAAAUAUAAUUUUUAACUUUUAAAUGUGCUAUAAAUUUGACUACCAUCUUGUGAAAUUUUCCAGCUCCUGUCAUAUAAUCUUUGUUCAUUGUUCAACAGAGUUGUUACUUACCACCUUCACCAUUUCUUCCACUUCAGUAUCCAUCUAUAGUUUAUAUACCAUCCUAAUCUGAAAGUGAUUGUAGUGCUAUAUAUUCCUUAACCCACCUGCUGUGUAUUUAAAUCGCCAGUUUUAGUGAAUCCUAUCUUCAUGUAAAGGACAAUUCAACAAUGAAAAGAAGUUGUCUUCUUUAGAAAUACAUUUACAAUAGAAACUUUAUCUAAAAAUACCUUUUUUUUUUUACAAAUUCUUGAAUGAAAUAAAAUCUCCUUGAGUACUUGGAGUGGCUGUAUAAUCAAUGUCUAAUAUUAAAAGUCAAAUUUUCUGUGUUUAAUUAUCAUGUAUUUCUGGACAGAAAACUGAUCUUAUUUUCCGAUUUGUGACUUUUAGUUAGAAGUCCAGAAGUGUAACUAUGUGAUCAGUGUAAACAUGAUCCAGAUAUAUUUCCACUUUAAUUAACUGAAUAACUGGUAAACAUUUGCCUUUAAUUUUCUUGCCUUGGUGUAAGAUGGCACCAAGUUUUUGUAUUUAUAUAUAUGCAUAUAUGAUAGCGAUGGUGAUUAUGGUAAAACCUUUCCUUGAGCAAAGUGCUAUUUUCAGGUUGUUGUGUGCAUCUUGAAUUGACAUCAGCAGCCCUGAUUUUUCCAUUAAGCUCGGUUCCACUGAGUAGUAAAUUGUUGAGUUUCAUGUCUUCAAAGGAAAUGUACAUAGUUAUUGAUUCACAUGAGAGUUACGAAUACGAAUUUUAAGUUUUUGAUUUGUAUGUAUUGUGAAGGUUUUGUACAUAAAUGUAUAGGACUGAUUGUUGUAACCAAGAAAUCAAUUAACAGAUUAUAUAAAAUUUACUGCUGUGUAUGCUAGUAUAUACCACACAUAAUCACAAUGAAACAUAUUUUUUUGUUUUAUGAAGCAUAUCUUGUGGAAAUGUCUUGUAUUUUAUGUAAUACCAACCAGCCUUGAAUUUUUCAGUGACUUGCCACUUGCCUACUACUAUCCUGUCUCUAGCAGGCCACUAACCCUGUGCUAUGGCACCAUUAGCUCAGUACUGUCGUGUCACUAGCCCAAUACUAUGGAGCUAUUAGCGAUACAGGAGUGUCACUAGCCCAAUACUAUGGAGCUAUUAGCGAUACAGGCGUGUCACUAGCCCAAUACUAUGGAGCUAUUAGCGAUACAGGCGUGUCACUAGCCCAAUACUAUGGAGCUAUUAGCGAUACAGGCGUGUCACUAGCCCAAUACUAUGGAGCUAUUAGCGAUACAGGCGUGUCACUAGCCAAAUAAUAUGGAGCUAUUAGCGAUACAGGCGUGUCAAUAGCCCAAUACUAUGGAGCUAUUAGCGAUACAGGCAUGUCACUGGCCCAAUAAUUUGGUGCCACUAGCCCAAUGCGUUGACGCCACUAGCCCAAUACUAUGGAGCUAUUAGCGAUACAGGCGUGUCACUGGCCCAAUAAUUUGGCGCCACUAGCCCAAUGCGUUGACGCCACUAGCCCAAUACUAUGGAGCUAUUAGCGAUACAGGCGUGUCACUAGCCCAAUGCGUUGGCGCCACUAGCCCAAUACUAUGGAGCUAUUUUAUUGAUACAGGCGUGUCACUAGCCCAAUAAUUUGGCGCCACUAGCCCAAUGUGUUGAUGCCAC